CAAGCGGAGGCGAGCCAGCUGCUGCCUGUCUCCGCGCGCGGGGGCGCCUGAGCGCUUGUCCCCCGGGGUACGGUGUAGGCUCUGUGCGGGCGGUGCAUACGCGCUGGCGGGUAGGGUUCCGCGGUGCGUCGGGCCGUGGAGGGGGGAACGAGUGACCUGGCUGAACAAUCGGUGCUUUCGCUGUAUAGCCUCGCAGUGCACUCCACCGGCCUGGGGAAGCAGCGACAGAGGCCUCGGCAGCUCAGUGGAAAGAAGGGAACUGGAUAGAACACAAAUUAUGAAGGUGUUAGUCAUUGGACUUGGCGGAGUGACAAAUGGGGGGAAAACAACACUGGCAAAACGACUUAGGAAACAGCUUCCAAACUGCAGUAUACUUGCUCAAGAUGACUUCUUUAAGCCAGAAUCGGAAGUAGAGAUAGAUGAACAUGGAUUUAAGCAAUAUGAUGUACUUGAUGCCCUUUAUAUGGAGGAAAUGGUGACAAGCAUACGCUCAUGGAUGAAAAACCCAACAGGCUCUUCUGUCUCAACAGCAGAAUCAAGGAGUACACCUGUCAAUCUGAGAAGUACAGAAGAAGUUCACAUUUUAAUAGCUGAAGGUUUUCUUCUGUAUAACUAUGAGCCUCUUAAUGAAGUAUGGGAUAGAAGAUAUUUUCUGACCCUUCCAUAUGAAGAAUGCAAGAGGAGAAGGAGUACCAGAGUUUAUCAACCGGCAGAUCAACCAGGAUACUUCGAUGGACAUGUAUGGCCUAUGUAUCUGAAACAUAAAAGGGAAAUGGAAGAAAAUACAAAUAAUAUCGUUUAUUUGGAUGGAACAAAAUCUGAGGAAGACCUCUUUUCAUAUGUUUAUAAUGAUAUAGUGCGGGAGCUAGAAGCAUGGAAAAAGUGAGCAGGUCACAGCAAAACCAUGUGAGAAGUUCGGAUUCUUUCCAGUAGGGAUUCAGGGUCAAUUUUAUGGUGUCUGGAUGGAUCACUUUGCCAAUCUAUUCUAUGUACAUCAGUAACACCAGUUUAUAGAAUCCAUAUUUUACUGUAGUGACUGCUAUUUCUGUUAGACUUAUAAAUAUUGAUGAAUAGUAUAGGUCAUCCAGUAGACUAGUGCAGUAUUUUUAAAGUGAUAGCCUUGCUCAGAGUGGCAUCUGUAAUCCUGUGACAAACCUCAACCUGAUUUAAUAUUUAAUCAUGUAGUAUAAGGAAUUUGAAAGUUACUUUAAUGUAUGGAAAUAUAGCCCUGGAUAUUUCAUAAAUAUACUUCCGUAGGUAUACGCUAUGUGUACAAUUUUAUAUGCAAGUAAAAUAUUUUUGGAAUUGAAAAUCACAAAUUCAAAGUGAUUGCACAUUAGUAAUAUAGGGAAAAUAGAAGUAAUAGCUCAUAAAAUAUUAAAUAUGAGUAUUAAAUGACAUGUGGUUAAAGAGGCAAAAGCCAUUUUGGGAAUAUGUAAAUAGAGGUAUUGCACUUGAGACCAGAAACAAAAUUCUUCCUUUUUCACAUGGUGUUUGUUAGAAUGCAUCUGGAGUAUUGUGUAUUGUUUGGGGCACUGUGGAAAGGAUAUAGAUAAUCUGAAGAGCAACUACUAAGCUAUUAGAAAGAGUUGUAGGAUAAGAACAGAGGUUGGUAGUGGGUCAGAUGUGUUAACAUCUGAUGAAAAAUGUGCAGCCUGGAAAAUAAGAGGUUUUGAGUUGUAAAAGAUUCUGGAUGACAAAUGCAAAAAAGAUCCUACAAAAGAGGAGAAGGAAAUAAUAAGAUUCUCAUUAAUCAUAAAUGAUUAAUUAGAAAUAAAUGAAAAAAUAAAUGUGAUUAGAGAACAGAAAAAUAUAGUUUAGAUCAAUUAAGGAAUAAUAGCAGCUUCCCAGUCAUAUAAAAAUAUAUAAAUACACACAGGGAGGACUUAAAACUAUUUGAAAACAAACUAUCUUUUGAGGACUGUCUAGAUCAGGGGUUGGCAACCUUUCAGAAGGUUUAUCAGUCUAAUUUAAGGUUUUGCAUGCCAGUAAUACAUUUUAACAUUUUUAGAAGAUCUUUCUAUAAGUCUGUAAUAUAUAACUAAACUAUUGCUGUAUGUAAAGUAAGAAAGAUUUUAAAAAUGUUUAAGAAACUUCAUUUAAAAUUAAAUUAUAAUGCAGAGCCCCCUGGACCGGUGGCCAGGACCUGGACAGUGAGUGCUGCUGAAAAUCAGCUCGUGUGCCAGAUAUCCCUGGUCUAGAUAUCUUAAUUCUACUCAAACCAAAGGUGCAAACCAUAUAACCUACUACAGGGUCCUUCCAGCCCUAAAAGUUCUAGAAUUGUUGACUUUCAGGAAUUUUGGUAGCACAGAAAUGUGUUUUUGUUUGGAUAUUUUUAGCCUGACGACUAUAAUAUGGUAGCCAUCUUGACUGUCUGAUCAUGAAUGCAAUAUUAAGACUGUUAAUAGUAAACAGAAAAUAUAUUUGUGGUGAUCUACUAAAACAGAAGCAUAGUGUAAGUGUAUGUAGAAAUAUGUUUAAGAUGAAAUACUUUCUAAUGUGAACUUCUGUAUCUCAAUUUUGUACAAAAAAUAAAAUAUACCCUAACUGUGUUUUCUCAAA